AUGAGUGAAAGGGAUACGAAUUUAACUAAUGAAGAGUUGAAGAAUGCAAAGACAAUAAGGGCAAACACCGAGGCGGACUCUAUUGAAAACUCAAACGAAGUUUCGUCGGAUGAUGAUUACGUUCUGAGUGAUCAAGACAAUUCUACAAUCGACGGAACAAACAACAACCUCGAUUCUCAGUUUCACGAUCCAAGCAGUUUGAGUAAUCAUGCAAAAUAUUUUUCCAAUACGAUCCUACUGUCGCUAGACUCUAGUGAUGUUGACAGGGCCCUAGUUCUUGAAGCACAAAUUAGUGGGAACUUGAACAAUGAGAAUCAAAAGUUGCUUGACAAGACCAACCUUUUGCACGCAAAACUAGUGACGAUUCAAUCGUUGUGUGACACUUAUUUUGCAGCCAAAGACAAUUCAAAGUUGAGUAGAGUUGAAAGACUACGGAAUGAAAUAAGAGGGAUUGAAAAACGAUUACAGAGGUUGAAGCAUGGUGAUCGGAAAUCGUUUCCGGCGUCCUUGAUUAAAAGCCAGAAAAGUGGUGUUAUUGAGGAAUAUCCAGUGGAGUAUUUUCAAGCUAGAGAUAAAGUUCUAGAGCGAAUUCAAGAAUGA